GAGGCAAGACAGAUUGAAAUUCUUAUUAACAGAAUUGAACACUUUAGCCGAAUCCAUCGCGUCAUUACCGACAAAUCAUAUAACCUGCUGCCGCCACACAAAGUGCUGUUUCAAUGACAGCCGUGAACCCUUCGGCAGCUGAAGACGCCGUCUUCGAUGGCAAACGGCAGUAUGGCGCUAAACAGUAUAAGCCAGCAUUAGAAUCCUUCACAAGGGCCAUGAGGCUAUGCCCUUGCAAUCGCGGUAUGAAGCGCGACAGAUGCACCUGCAAGAACUUUCAAGAUGUAGCAGCCAAGAACGGCUCUAUUUUUAAAGAGGCCAUGUAUAACUGCAGAUGUACCGUCGGAAAGACAUUUAGCAAGUGCGACAAUGCUAUCCAUCUUCAAGCGCUCGACUACCGAGCCGCUACAUUUGAAGUUAUGAAGCAUUUAGAUCGAGCAAGGCGAGAUGCCGAGUGGAUGUUGGAACUUGCUCCUCGGCUCCCAGAUGGAUACCUCCGUCUAGGGAAGAUUGCAAGACUCCAAAAGGACGAGGAUUUCGCCUGGAAGAUAUACAACGCUGGCAUAGACAUUUCUGCCGGCAACGUGCAAGCCAAUCACAAGAAGAUACAACAACUAUACGCUGCUCGACAGCCCUUACAAAUUCGAUUCUCCAAGAAGGACCCAUUCGAACUACCGCCGGAAAUUUUACAAUGGAUUUUACAAUACUGUGACUUGAUCACUCGGGUGCGCUGUCUUCGCGUCAGCAAGACUUGGAACUACACACUUUCUGCCCCUGGCAACGCAAGCCUUUGGAGAGUGCUCGAGUUUACCGGAAGAUCAGCACCAAAAGUGAGCCCUAGAAACGAGGGACUACGAAAACUUGGUACCAAAGCAGGCAAUGAUAUUCGUCGGCUUGUUAUUCCAAACGCACACACUUUUGGACUCAUGCAGUCCAAGUUUGCGACGCUACUAAAUGGAGCUAAGAAUUUGGAGUACUUGGAAAUCGGUCAUGUUAUGCGCGGACUAGAUUUACCAAAGUAUGCUGGCUUGUGUAAAACGCUUCAGUCGCUCAAGCUAUCAUACUUUGACCCCAACUCCGUUCUCAAAAGCGGCAUUGUCGACAUUAUCAAGGCGUUCCCACACUCCUUUCUUCAAAAUACAGCAGAUGUAUUACAGCAUUUGGACCUCAACGGUAUUCCAUUGGAAUGGUUUGACGGUCGACUUUUACCAGAAAUGAAAGCUCUAAAGACGCUACGGUUGAGACUUAAGAGUCACACUGAGCGUUCGCUUUCGCUAAUGUAUAUUGCUACAAAUACACCGAAUUUAGAACAGAUUUGGCUCGAUGAAAUCUGGCUGGUACCGAGUAUCGGCUGGGGCGAUGAAUGGGACAGAGUGUGGACGUCGCUGAAAGCCAUCACAGUCGUUGCAAGCGGAAUGUCACAUAGGCGUCUGAUGCCAGCUAUUACAGUACUGACAUCGGUCAACCGCGGAGAGAAUUUAAGGAGCAUCGAUCUUAGUUUCAGCAGCAAGGCGUUGCCCUCUGAAGAUAUUCUGACCGUGGAACCAGUGCAGGAAAUGCUAAGCUGGGAUGGUGUAUCAGCAGGAGCCCAGGGUGUGUACCCGCGACUCAACGACUAUCGGAAUCUUGAAAGCAUCCGACUACAUAGAGUUUCUCAAAACCCGACUUCAGCUCACCGGAUUGUCCAUGAAAGCAUACGCACAAACAAGCUGUCGCGGAUGGACAUUGUGUUCCCUGCCGAAACAUUCAGCUCGGUCAUGGGAUCAGAGAGUUCUCUCCAUUUAGCACAGUAUGAAUGGCUCCGCGGCACCAAGUCCAUUAAGCAGAUGGGGAUUUUCGGAUUCCGAUUUCGUUCGUUCCCUCGCAAUGAUGACGACCUCCCACUGCCGAGUUUCCUGGCUAGUUUUCCCAAUCUGGAAGAGGUGGAACUUGGAUCCGAUCACUACGAAGACGGUGAAUUCUGCACAGUUAUUGCCGCAGUUUUAAAGGCGACAAAGUUGAAGCGGCUAUAUCAGAGUCAGGUUAGGGGAGUGAUGAUGGACCGACUUCCGGCUCUCGGUCGAGCGUAUGGGGUUGAGAUUGUCUAUGGCGAGAGGCCGCGUCCUUGGCCGGUCUCGUUUGAUGGAGAUUGA